AUGAGUUUUCAAUGGACUUUUCUAGCGACAUUUCUCUAUUGUGAAAUUGUCGUUGUUAUAGUUCUACUUUUACCAUUUAUUUCACCAAUAACUUGGCGAAAAUUUUUUAAAUCAAGACUUGUAGCAGCAUUUUCAGCUGGAGCAAGAUAUUAUUUUAAUUUUAUAAUAUGUAUAUUCGGUUUAUUAUUUCUCGAUUCAAUUCGUGAAUUAAGAAAAUAUUCUGCUGUUGAAGUGAAAGAUUUAUCAACACCGCAUGGUGAAGCACAUGCACAUAUGAAACAAUUUCGUUCACAGAGAAAUUUUUAUAUUGCUGGUUUCGCUCUUUUUCUUUGGUUUGUAAUUAAACGUUUAAUUCAUCUUCUAUCGGCGGUUGCACGUGAAAUGGCUGAUUCAGCUGCAGCACGUAAACAAGCUGAAGGUGCACAUCGUCAUUUAGAAGGACUUAUGACAAAUGAUAAAUCAAAACUUGAUCCUCGAGAAAUUCCAAUUUCAUCAGAUGAACCAUCACGCUAUAUUGAUCCAAAAGAACAUGAUGCUGAAAUUGAGAAAUAUAAAAACGAAGUGAUGAAAGCACGUGAAGAUAUUGAUACAUUACGUGAACAAUAUGACAAUUCAAUUAAAAAUUAUGAUGACCUUUGUGAAGAACAUAAGAAGUUACAAAAUAAAUUGGCUGUUUUAACAGACAAUGAAUCAGCAAAGGACAAAUAA